UUCUCCCUCGCUUUAUGCGGUGACCCCUCCGCCAGGCCGGGCGAUCGCUGGCGCCGGCGAACCGGACGCACCGGAAUUUUGAGCAGACAAACCACUCAAGUAAAAUUCCAGAAUCCAAAGGAUAACCUCGAUGAGAUCCUAGCAGCUACGGCAUACAAUAAAGGAGCGAUAAGUUCAGUCAUGGACUCUGGAACGGCAAAAGUGAAACAACGGCCGACUGUCAAGCUGGCCAUUCCUUUCCAAGAACGUCCAAAGCUUGCUGUGCCAACUCCGAUUCUGCCAGAUCAGGCAUUGCUUUCUAAGAUUCCAAGAACAUCUUUAAUUGCAGGCAGUGAUGUAAAAGUGAGCAACAACAAACCUAAUGUUGGAAACUAUGGGCAGAAUAUCAGCAUGCUGGAAGAUGACUGCAUUCCACCACCUCCUCCAAUGGCUCCUCCACCACCUCCUCCAAUGGCACCUCCACCACCUCCAACUCAAAGUAUUUAUCAAAAUCCACAAAUGACCUAUUUGCCUUAUGAAGUGACUAUCCCACCACCUCCUCAGAUAGCUCCUCCUCCACCACCACCACCACUACCUUUAAACAUGACAUUACAACAAAAAUUUACUCCAAACUACCAACCUCCUGAAACAACCUUUUCUCCACCUCCUCUACCUCCAAAUAUGAUUCCUCCACUGCCUCCAGCAAUGGCACCUCACAAAUCUUUCCCAAAGACUGAUUUGUUCUCAAAAGCAUCUUCCCCAUCCAGUACAACAAGACCUCCUGCACCUCCCCCCUUUCUUCCACCUGAUGAUUAUUCUCUCAACUCACCUCUGCAAAAUAAUGUUUCAAAAUACAAUCAUAUUAAACAGCCUAAAAAGUCACCACCAGCUCCUCCACAAAGAGAUUUGAUACAACACAAUCAUUUUCAUGUCAAGCCUGAAAGGGAGACACUGUCUUCUUUCAAAUUCUUCCCGAAUGCUUCACAAAAGUUAGUUUCCGAUAGUCAGUCUUUGUAUAUGGCAGAAUCUCCUGAAGUGAUUUCACAACCUCAAGUUGCAUCAACUUUCAAUCCGAAAGCAACAGCAAAGCUUUUUGGAUCUUCAGAACCCGUUAACAGAUCAGAAAACAGGUUAAAUUCUGACUGGCAAAAUAAAAGCAAGUCCAUGAUAGUUAUGAAAGAUGCUGACCAGUAUACAAUGGACCACACAGGGGAGAUUAAUCACCCUGCUUCCAUGCACAUGAACACAAAUGAAAGCACUGAGCAUCCAAGUAUGAAUAAGGUACAAAUAGAACAUGUUCCUCCUAAACCACAGAAGCCAGUUCGUAAGAACAAUCUAUUGCUACAACAAUCUAAAUCAACCCAAUACAAAGGAAUACUUUCAGGUUCCUCUAUGGACCGUUGCACAGAGGAUGAGAAAGAAAAGAACUGGAGCAACAGCAUAGAUCUUCGGCAGAGCAGUUUAAAUCAACCUCAUGAUUCUAACAACAAUCAAAACUUGGUCCAUUCAACCAUUUCGAACAUUGAUUCUGAAAUAAAAAAUGGGAACCACAGAGCAGGAGACAAGUCAAAAUCCACUGUGAUCAGAGAUUUUGAAAACCAGAGUUCCUCAGAAAAUGUUGCGUUAGAUUUUCAAUCCUUGAAACCAGUUGAGAAACCAACCACAUUAACAGCAGAGAUUCCAGAUUUUCCUCCAGAACAAACUCUGCCUAGCCCAGAGCAGAAUAUAGAUCCACGUUCACCACUGGCACUUCUCAUGGCUGCAAAACAGCGAGAUUCUAGUAAAAACAAAAGAGCUCACAAAGCAUCUUCAGAAACAGCUAACUUAUCCUUGGGAGGCACUCGGUUUAUUCAGUCAACAAAUUCAAAUACAAUCCAUAUCACACCAAUAGCUAAUUACAAGGAUCGUUCUUUGAUAUCACAUGCUGAAGAAGAUAGUUCAGCAUGGAACAAGCAUGGAGACGAUCUCAUCAAUCCUCUGAACAGCACCAGAGAGAGUCUAGAUUGGUCAAAACCUUCAUCCCGCUCUGCAUCACGAGAAACUGCAGUACCAGAAGACUCUCAAAAUGAUGAUGACAUGUCUUUACUUCUGAUCCCACCUCCACCAUGCUUUAGUGAUGAAGAGAAUGAAGAACCCUCAUUUGAACUUCUGCCACCUCCCCUUGAAUUUUCUAACCAUAAUGAAAGUUAUUCUUCUCAACCAGAAAGAACAGUGCAUGUUGAAUCUGAGAUUGACAAUCAUCCCUCUGCCAAUUCUGACCAGAAAGGGCUUUGUCUGCAGGAUCCUGACCAUUUUACAUUUAAUCACCAUAAAAAUCUUAACAAUAAAAAUACUCAUUCCAUUAGCAAAUUGCCAGUAAACACUUCGUCGCUUCCUGUCAAAACAAACAUUGUUCGGCAAAAGCCAGCAAUUGCAGAAAAGCCCACGUUUAUCAAUAGCACUGUUGUGAAUGGGGGUCCUGGAAAAUAUCAAAAUUCAAAGCAAGUUUCAGAUCCGCACAGUUAUUCCCCUCUAAUGCCUAAAUCAUAUGAAAAAAACAUACCCAAGAUGGAAGAUCCUCAGACAGAGAUGGUACCAUCAACAAACAAACUGGUAAUGAAGAAUAAAGUAAUUGAUGAACUGCAGUCAAAAGUGCAAGCCUUGAGCACAGACAAUUCUGAUAUUACAGCCAAAAGCUCUCAGAAUGCACAACAUCCACAAUCUUAUGGGCGGACCUUCACUAUCCGGCCUGGUACAAAGCAACCAAUAACUGUGGUAUACCCUCCAACAACUAAAUGAAGAUCUGCUCUUUUUGAACCAAAACGAUUUUCCACAGACUCCAAAUAUUGUGGGUAUCACCUAAUUAAUGUCAGAGGAUUAGGAGAGGCAGUGGCCAAGUGGUAUUAUCACUGGAUUGUUAAUGUAGAGACCCAGGUAAUGUUCUGGGGACCUGGGUUGGAAUCCUGUCACAGCAGAUGGUAGAAUUUGAAUUUAUAAUUAUCUGGAAUUAAGAGUCUAAUGGUGACCAUGAAUCCAUUGCGAAUUGUUAGAAAAACCCAUCUGGUUCACUAAUUCCCUUUAGGGGAGGAAACUUCCAUUCUUAUCUAGCCUAUGCGACUCCAGACUCAGAGCAAUGUGGUUGACUUUCAACUGCCCUCUGGGAAAUUAGGGCAAUAAAUGCUGGCCUAGCCAGUGAUGCCCUCAUCCCAUGAAUGAAUGAAAACAAAAUCUUUCACACUGACUUUAUUAACAUUCCCCAAGGAGAUAUUUCUGAACAUCCAAAUUUCACCCUACUUAUUUGAGUUUAUCAGCACUUGGUGUGUACAUACGCUUUGCAUUUGUGACACAUUCUGAAGAAGCCUUUUACCAGCAAUAGCUUGUUUAUAUUGUGUGUGUCUUUGUGUAAAACAUGGUAAAAAUGCUUUUAAGAGAUAUGCCUUUUUUGAACAAUCUUUCUGAAAGACAUCAUUCUUCUGCAUGUUGAAUAAUACAAAGGCUCCUUCUGUAAUAUCUCAGCAUGGUUCUAGCACAUUAUCUUGUAACAUGCAGAUUAAACAAUGAGCUUAUGCUGCAGUAAUUGUAAUCAUGGGAGUAUAAGGAAAAUUAUUUUUUUUACAUAACUGUGUACACAUUCUAUAAGCCUGUCUUAAUCUUAACCAAAUACAGAGAAUGUCCUGUAAAAAUAUUUAAUUAUAUUUUCAAUUUUGAAUUAUUUUCCCAAUAGAUGUAUGUUAACAUGCAUUGUAUGUUUCUUCCCCAGAGUAAAAGUUUUAAAGUAUUUUAUAUAUUUUAAUGAAAUACUGACAUUUAUGGCAUUUAUUAAUGGUUGAUGUGAAAAAUUGCACUUAUUACACAAUCCAUACCUAAUUCAAUCUGCCGGUACCAUCCGCAUGUAAUCUCUACGUUGUAUAAGUUUAAAAAUCACAAUGAAACUUCUUUACCAAAUCAGAGAGACGGAGAGGGGAAAAGGGUUGCCCUGUGUUUCUGUAUUUUGAUUUGUAUAGUGACUUUGACUUGAAAUGAAACAUUUUUAUUUAACUGGUCUAUUUUGGAUAAAGGUCAAAAUGUAAUCUAGUGUGAAUUUAAGUAAGAUUGUAUUGUAGAAGUAUCCAUGUAUGAUGUUCAUUACCUCAAUGCUGCAUUUCCUUUCUAUAAUAUGUACACCAACAUCUAUGAUAAAGAUGCUUAUAUGUUUGGUGGUUUCUCAACAGGAAAAGCUGAUGCUAUACCUCAAGAAAUCAAUAA